CAUCCCUCCCGAUUCCCACUGAUUCCACUCCCCACCUGCUGCUUCGCUUGGCUUCCUCUCCACUCCACUCCACUCCACUUCACCGAACCCGAGCCCGAGCAGGAGAUGGCGAGCGCGAGCAAUGCGCAAUGAGCGAAGGAAAGAUUUUGCUUCCAAUUUUGUUCAGUGAGCCUUAGCGGAGCCCACCGCCGCCGGGCGCCCCGAGAUCCCGCCCCGUGCUCCGGGGCGCCGCAAUCGCCGCUCCCCUUCUUCCCCGCCCCCCUGGCCGCUGCUGUCUUGGUGUGCCCGGCGCGCCGUCUAGAUCCAGCCCGCCCCUGGGCGUGUGGCGGCGACUGGUAGAAUGGACGAUUCCGCGACCGCGUCGGGGGAAGGGCAGCGGUUCAGGCGGGUUCCGAGGCAGUACCGCGGCGGGCGGAACCUGGAGCUGGAUCCACUGCUCAAUGAAAAUUUGGAACAGUGGCCACACCUAAAUGACCUGGUACAGUGUUAUAAGGCUGAUUUCGUGAAAGACGACGGCAAGUAUGGACGCUACGAGAGCGUCACGCCUCCAUCCUUUCAGAAUCAAAUCUUCGAGGGACCUGACACCGACAUGGAAACAGAAUUACAGCUUUGCAACGCUAGGCAACCCAAACCCGAGGAAAGCAUUGAAGAUGAUAUGCCGAGCACCUCGUCAGGGAGGCAAACAUACCGGGGUGAACCGUUUGCUUCGUCUUCUAAAAAACAUUGUACUAUCUCACCUUUACCAGCAUAUGAACCUGCAUUUGAUUGGGACAACGAGAGAUCUUUGAUAUUCGGCCAACGUGUGCCAGAAAUUCUCCCUGUAACACAUAGCAGUGGAUUGAAGAUAACGGUCAAGGUAUUAUCUUUGUCAUUCCAAGCUGGAUUAGUCGAACCUUUUAGUGGUACAAUCUGCUUGUACAACAGAGAUAGGAGAGAAAAGCUAUCGGAAGACUUCUACUUUCACAUACUUCCAAAAGAAAUGCAAGAUGGCCAUAUUUCUUUGGACCGUCGAGGUAUUUUCUCAUUGGACGCCCCUUCACCAUCUAUCUGCCUCCUGAUCCAGCUAGAAAAGUCUGCUACUGAAGAAGGGGGAGUAACUCCUUCUGUUUAUUCCCGUAAAGAACCCGUACACUUGACUGAGAAAGAGAAGCAGAAGCUGCAAGUUUGGUCUCGAAUCAUGCCAUAUAGAGAGCCAUUUGUGUGGGCAAUGAUUCCUCUGUUUGAAAACAACCAUGCUGCUGGUGCUGGUGAUGCUGCCUCUCCUAGCAGCCCUUUAGCACCAAGUAUGUCAGCCGCAAGUUCUCAAGAUAGCAUUGUGGAGCCUGUUUCCAAGCUCACUUUAGACGGAAAACUUAACCAUUAUUCAAGUGGAAGCUCAGUUAUCGUCGAGAUAUCGAACUUAAACAAAGUGAAGGAAAGCUACAUUGAGGACUCCCUCCAAGACCCGAAACGGAAAGUACACAAACCCGUGAAAGGUCUGCUGAAGUUAGAGGUGGAAAAACUUCAUAAUGAUCGUAAUGACGUUGAUAACAUGUCUGAAGGUGGGAUCAUGACCAAUGAAUUACAUGAUGCUGGUGAGCUCAGCAAUGGCAGACACAGCAGGAAUAACGUUGAUGGAAUCCACAGUUCUCAUUGUUCUGGUGGCACUGUAAAGAAAGAAACACACCAGAAUGGUCAAAGUUCCAGUGCAGAGAAUGGCAACAAUUUUCAAGCUUUUGACUUCCGGGUGAUGGCCCGGAGUGAACCAUUUUCACAACUUUUCCAUUGCCUCUAUGUGUACCCAUUGACUGUUAGCUUGAGCCGCAAAAGAAAUCUAUUUGUAAGAGUAGAAUUGAGAAAGGAUGAUUCUGACAUACGUAAACCUCCAAUAGAGGCUGUUCAUCCAAGGGACCAGGAUACAACAAUGCAGAAGUGUGCCCAUACCCAAAUUUCUGUAGGCACGAGAAUGUCAUGCUACCAUGAUGAAGUUAAGAUCAGUCUGCCUGCUCUAUUGACACCCCAACACCAUCUUCUGUUCACAUUUUUCCAUGUAGAUCUCCAAAUGAAACUUGAAGCCCCUAAACCAGUGGUUGUCGGAUACGCUGCACUUCCACUAUCGACACACAUUCAGUUACUUUCAGACGUAUCUUUGCCAAUUUUACGAGAGCUUGUUCCACAUUACCUGCAGGAAAGUGGAAAGGAGAGAAUGGACUGCCUGGAGGAAGGAAAAACUGUUUUCAGGCUGCGGUUAAGACUUUGCUCUUCUCUGUUUCCAGUUAAUGAAAGGAUACGAGACUUUUUCGUUGAGUAUGACCGUCACACACUGCAUACAAGUCCACCUUGGGGUUCUGAGCUUCUCGAGGCCAUAAAUAGUCUAAAGAAUGUUGAAUCUACUGCAUUGUUACAAUUUCUUCAACCAAUACUCAAUAUGCUGUUGCAUCUUAUCGGCGAUGGUGGUGAAACCCUUCAGGUUGCUGCAUUUCGAGCUAUGGUUAAUAUUCUAACCCGGGUGCAACAAGAAUCUUCUGAUGGAGCUGAGAGAAAUAGGUUUCUUGUUAAUUAUGUUGAUUUUGCUUUCGAUGACUUCGGUGACCGGCAGACACCUGUAUACCCUGGUUUAUCUACUGUUUGGGGUAGCCUAGCUCGCAGUAAGGCUAAAGGUUAUAGAGUUGGACCUGUCUAUGAUGAUGUGUUGGCAAUGGCUUGGUUUUUUCUGGAGCUUAUUGUAAAAUCAAUGGGAUUGGAGCAAAGUCGUCUCUUCUACCACAAUCUUCCACUAGGUGAAGAUGUCCCACCGCUACAGUUGAAAGAAGGAGUCUUCAGAUGUAUCAUGCAGCUAUUUGAUUGCCUUCUAACUGAGGUUCAUGAACGCUGUAAAAAAGGUUUAAACUUGGCGAAGCGUUUGAACAGCACUCUUGCUUUCUUCUGUUACGAUCUUUUAUCAUUCAUUGAGCCACGCCAAGUUUUUGAGCUGGUAUCAUUAUAUAUGGACAAGUUCUCAGGGGUUUGCCAGUCAGUCCUUCAUGAUUGCAAAUUGACAUUCCUGCAAAUAAUAUGUGAUCAUGAUCUUUUUGUUGAGAUGCCUGGUCGAGAUCCUUCUGAUAGGAAUUAUCUCUCGUCCGUUCUUAUUCAAGAGAUCUUUCUCACCCUUGACCAUGAUGAUUUGUCACAGCGAGCGAAAGCGGCUCGCAUUUUGGUUGUCCUAAUAUGCAAGCAUGAAUUUGACGCAAGAUAUCAAAAAAAUGAAGACAGACUUUACAUUGCUCAGCUGUAUUUUCCUCUUAUAGGACAGAUCCUGGAUGAAAUGCCUGUGUUCUAUAACCUAAAUGCCAUUGAAAAGCGUGAAGUGCUAGUGGUCAUUUUGCAAAUCAUAAGAAACUUAGACGACGCAACUCUUAUAAAAGCAUGGCAGCAGAGCAUUGCUAGAACUAGAUUGUUCUUCAAGCUGCUUGAAGAAUGUAUUACCCAUUUUGAGCAUAACAGAAUGGGAAACAGCUUGCUCCUAGGCUCUAGUUCUCGUAGCCCUGAUGCUGAGCGCCCUGCUUCCCCCAAGUAUUCUGAUCGGUUAUCCCCAUCAGUCAACGCCUAUUUGUCGGAGGCUUCACGCCAUGAAAUAAGGCCUCAGGGGACACCGGAAAAUGGAUACAUGUGGAACAGGAUUAGUCCUCAACUAAGUUCCCCAAAUCAACCCUAUUCAUUGAGGGAAGCACUUGCCCAAGCACAAUCUUCAAGAAUCGGAUCAACGGCCAGGGCAUUGAGAGAGUCUCUACAUCCGAUGCUGAGACAAAAGUUGGAACUCUGGGAAGAAAACCUUAGCACUGCUGUGAGCCUUGAAGUCUUGGGAACAGUUGACAAGUUUUCGGUUGCUGCGGCUUCCCGUAGCAUCUCGACUGACUACGCAAAGCUAGAUUGCAUAACAUCUAUCUUGAUGGGUCUUUUAUCUAGGAGCCAGCCCUUAACCUUUUGGAAAGCUUUUCUUCCUGUGGUCUAUAAUAUAUUCAGUCUACAUGGUGCAACACUAAUGGCAAGGGAGAAUGACCGCUUCUUGAAGCAGAUUGCUUUUCAUCUUUUGCGGCUCGCCGUAUUCCGAAACGAUUCUGUUAGAAAAAGGGCUGUUGUUGGUUUGCAGAUCCUUGUCAGGAACUCGUUCAACUAUUUCAAGAGCACCACGAGGCUGAGGGUCAUGCUGACUAUUACUUUGUCGGAGUUGCUGUCCGACGUGCAAGUAACUCAGAUGAAAUCUGAUGGAUCUCUUGAAGAAAGUGGCGAAGCUCGGCGUCUUAGGAAAUCGUUGGAGGAAAUGGCUGACGUAAGGAGUAAGGAUCAGUUGAACGAUUGUGGCCUCCCUGUUACUGCACUAGAAGUGGCUGCUGAAGGUUCCACGGACAAUAAUUGGUCUUGGGUAGAGGUUAAACAUCUAUCCAAGUGUCUAGUCCAGGCCCUUGAUGCCGGCCUUGAACAUGCCCUUUUGGGUUCCGCAAUGACUGUGGACAGGUGUGCAGCUGCUGAGGGUUUCUAUAAGCUAGCAUUGGCCUAUGCGCCUGUUCCGGAUCUCCACAUUAUGUGGUUACUGCACCUAUGUGAUGCACACCAGGAGAUGCAAUCAUGGGCUGAAGCCGCGCAGUGUGCAGUUGCUGUGGCUGGUGUGAUCAUGCAGGCACUUGUUGGAAGGAAUGAUGCUGUGUGGAGCAAGGAUCAUGUUGCUUCCCUCUGUAGGAUUUGCCCUAUUGUGGGCACUGAUAUCGGUGCAGAAGUAGCCGCAGCGGAAGUCGAGGGAUAUGGUGCGUCCAAGCUCACCGUAGAUUCAGCCGUCAAGUAUCUUCAACUCGCGAACAAGCUCUUUGCACAAGCUGAGCUAUACCACUUUUGCGCUAGCAUCCAGGAGCUCAUUAUUCCAGUUUACAAAAGCAGAAGGUCGUAUGGGCAGCUGGCUAAAUGCCACACGUCGCUCACGAGCAUCUACGAGUCGAUUCUUGAACAGGAGGCGAGCCCUAUCCCAUUCAGCGAUGCCACGUACUACAGAGUUGGAUUCUAUGGGGAACUGUUUGGCAAGCUCAACAAAAAGGAGUAUGUGUUCAGGGAGCCACGGGAUGUCCGUCUGGGUGACAUCAUGGAGAAGCUUAGCCAUACCUACGAGGCUAAGAUGGACGGCGGUCACACCUUACACAUCAUUCCUGACUCGAGGCAAGUCAAUGCUGAGGAGCUGCAACCCGGCGUAUGCUAUCUGCAAAUAACUGCUGUCGAUCCUGCGAUGGAGGACGAGGACCUGGAGAGCAGGAGGGAAAGGAUCUUCUCCUUGUCUACCGGUACUGUCCGUGCGCGUGUGUUUGACCGUUUCCUCUUUGACACGCCGUUCACGAAGAACGGGAAGACACAAGGCGGCCUGGAGGAUCAGUGGAAGAGGCGCACGGUGCUCCAGACGGAGGGUUCCUUUCCUGCUCUGGUGAACCGUCUAAUAGUGAUAAAGUCUGAGUCCCUAGAGUUUUCGCCUGUCGAGAAUGCGAUCGGAAUGAUCGAGACAAGGACGGGCGCGUUGAGAAACGAGCUGGAGGAACCACGUAGCUCUGAAGGUGAUCAACUGCCAAGGCUUCAGAGCCUGCAGAGGAUACUCCAAGGAAGUGUAGCUGUUCAGGUAAACAGUGGUGUAUUGAGCGUGUGCACCGCGUUCCUAUCUGGUGAGCCCGCGACCAGGCUCCGGUCGCAAGAGCUGCAGCAACUCAUAGCUGCGCUGCUGGAGUUCAUGGCUGUCUGCAAGCGCGCGAUCCGCGUACAUUUUAGAUUGAUAGGGGAGGAAGACCAGGAGUUCCAUACUCAACUCGUCAACGGGUUCCAGUCCCUCACUGCGGAGCUCUCUCAUUACAUCCCUGCCAUACUUUCGGAGUUAUGACCGUGGCAGUUAAUUAGGUAGCAUGUGAAUGGUUGGAGCAAAUGUCAAUAUUUCGAGUAGCUCUGUUGUAUAGUUUGAAAGUAACCAGUCUGCAAUUCUACAAUUUUGGGGUGUAAAGUGUGUGUGAUGUAUCUGCCUGUAACCACUGUUGUUUGUUUGCAGUUUGCUGACAAAUUAGCUAGCGACUGUUGGAGCCGGCAUAUUUUUUUAUUGUUAUUAUUCAGGUUUGAUGGUGCAAAUUGGCCACUGUAAAAAAUGUGUUUCUUCAAAAAUUUACAAUAAAAAUAUGAGCUGGUUAAUUUUUUUUU